AUGAUUGCGCUAUGGAAGGCUCUCAGCACACGAAGGAAUCGUGCGCGACAUCAACAUAGCGAGGAUCCUGUCUACAUAUGCCCACUCUCUGCCAAUCUGCACCGCGUCGAAUCCGCCGCUCAGUUGGCCUCAGCUAAUGCUUACCUUCUCAGGUUGUUGUACGACGGGAACGACCACAUUUACCAAGCUGAUACCUUUUCCACGGACGUUUUACGCCUUCCCGCCCCAGAUGCUGACCACCUGAGGUAUUCAAUCCCAGCAGAAGAGCUCGACGAACGGGAGACGAUAGAAGAGGGUCCGGCCGAAAUCUGCUUGGAAAAGAUCCUGAGGCAAUUCGGCAGGGAUCAGGAUAAAGCUCUCUGUCUGUGUCUUCACAACCGAACCGCCGAGGCAGCAGAGAUCAUUUUAUGUUCUCUCCUCUGGGUUACCAGUGAUGCAGUAGUGCGCGGCAUUCUGUACGACGACGCUGCGGUUCAUCUCAGGCAACUCAGGCUCUGGAGCGAGUUCAAUAUCUGCUGUCUUGCAGUCUGGCAGAAGCAAAAGGAUUUGACUCAGGCUUCGAUGACGGCGAACAUCCCUCUUCCCGACCCAUGUCUGAGCAUUUCACAAAUAGAAACAUUUGGUGCGGAGCUGAUUGCUAUCUGUGACAGGAUAGAAAAGCAUGGACUAGUGGACUAUGAGGUCGGGGUCUGGGAAGAAGAGAUUCUCUCCAGUAAGGUCACCCGUCAGGUUAUACGCUGCUUGCGUUGCUGA